AUGUCGUCUGGCGCAUCGCAGCCCACGCCGGGCCCCGCUAAAUUGCAACCAAUCGACCCGAUUCUGCGCAAUGCGCUCCGCUACACCAUCUCGGCAAAGGAGUACCAGCUGCUGCACCAAUACCUCCUUUCGCGCGCCCCAGUCGUCAAGAAGCGCACAAUAACCCCAAAGCGAUACGAUGCCAUUGUCAAAGGCCCGGAUGACUACAAUGUAGCCGCCUUCCGCGCGGCACUGCGAUUAGGCAUCGUGACCUUCUCGGGGCUGAAGGCAUGGGAAGUCGUUAAGACCAGGCUUCUGUCGCGGGGGACAGCGAAUAGGAACCAGCCCAGAACCUCCGUUUUCAAGUCACCCAACGUCCGCCUCAGCAGCUCCCUCGCCCUCAUACUCCUUUUCCACCGCCUCCUUCGGCGCAUCUUCGUGCGCAUCCGCGAGAGCCUACUCAGCCAUGAAGGCAAGUCGUUCCGGCGGCGGAACCCACGCGUAUCACGUUCCUUGACAUCCAAGUUGGCACCGGCCAUUGGAUCCAGCUUAGCAGGCUUCUUCCUCGCCAUGUACCCAGGAGAUCAGCUGCGCGUCACAAUCGCCAUCUACAUCAUGACAAGGGCUCUGGAAUUUGGCUACAACUACCUGGAGGAGCUGGGGUACAUGAAGAACAGGCCCAGUUGGUUCGGUUCCUGGAUGAUCAUGCCAGUCGCUUGCGGACAGCUACUGCACGCUUUUGUCUUCGACCGCGACUGCUUCCCCUCUGGAUUCGGAGACCAUAUCUUGAAGAACUCGCCAGAGUAUAUACAGAAGCGCCCUGAAGACUAUCCCAGUACAGCGCCCUGGCCAGGCACAUUUGACAUAGUGAACAACCUAGCAGAGAUCUCGCGACAGCGCUGGCCACCCUUCGUAUCGCCCAUCCUCUUCCCCAACGCUGAAACGCUGCCAAAGCGACUGACGUCCAUCUCUCCGAUAACGUCUCCCGCGCAUCCAGCCAUCAAGUCCUUGUCAUGCGCCUUACUCCACCCGCAAGACCCGUCCUGUCUACGCACCUACGUCCAAUACUGGAUCCAAGCCUUCCCCAAAAUCGCCCGCUUCUUCACGCUCUUCUUCACGGCCAUGAGCAUCACGAAAUACAAAGCCUUCCUCUCCGCUCCCAUUGCCUCAUUGAACAGUCUAGCCAAGCGCAUACUGCGCAUGUCGCUCUUCCUCUCUGGUGCCAUAGGAACGAGCUGGGGAUCCAUCUGUCUCUUCCAGAACAUACUUCCUCGAGCCUUCUUGUCAACACAACGCUGGUUCCUGGGUGGUUUCAUAGGCGGACUCUGGGCCUUCUUGGAGAGGAAAGGUGGAAGAAGUAACUUCCUUUAUACAGCGAGGAUGUCGAUUGAUUCCAUGUGGAAGGUGGGUGUUAAGAGGGGGUGGUGGAAGGGUUUCAAGAAUGGGGAUGUGCUGCUCUUUGUUGUUAGUUUGGCGACGGUUAAUGCUCUGUACGAGGUCUCGCCCAGGUCGGUCAAUAGUGGCGUUGCGAGGAAGGGCUUGGGUGUGCUGAGGGGCGAGGGCUGGGUUGACAGAGCGGUGGUGCCGAGAGAAGAUGAAGGCAAAGAAGAGUAA